UUUAGUCAGUAUAUAACAAGCAAUAAAAACGAGAACAGGCCUAUCUGUUCAUUCUCACUUUUACCGUUGACAGCUGUAACUGAAACAUGGACUUUUCUUCUAAAGUGUUUUUGUGCGUUUUUCUGGCAGAUUCAUUUGCCAUAUUAUGUCUUGGCCAGCUCGAAAACAUGGGUAUGUUAGCAUUAGCUGGAGGACUUGGCGGAAGAGGCAUGGGUACUGGAAGUAUGGGUAUGGGUGGAGGAACUUACAGUGCGGCAUUAGGUCUUGCAGCGGCAGGGAUGACGCCCGCACAGUAUGCUGUGCUUGAUAACACAGUCAAAUCAGUGGUAGGUCCGCACGCCAGUCCAGAUCUAGCUCUCAUUACAUAUGCCAAGCAUCAAGGUGCAGCUCCAAGAAACGCGUUCCAGUUUAUGGGAUAUAUGCCGUUCUUUCAAAACAUUGCCCGUACCGUUGGAGUACAGCCAAGUACAGGUUCUGGCCAGACUGGCACUGGAACAAAUCAGGCACAGAAUACAGAUGCUAUCGUGAUGCAGAAAGCUGUGCAAUGGAUGCAAAGGAAUGGGUUCAUGAUGCCACUAGUCGCACCUCUGUUUUAAUGUUCCAUUGGCAACGACAGAUUGUGAAAAUGUAUUCAUUUAAUUCAAUAAAAGAGCUUUCAGUGCAAAUCAUCGUAACAUUACGAGGAGUGUUCAAAAAUACCAGGAAAACUACUUUCAUUUCUUCAUGCAUCAUCCAAUAUCGAUACAAUUAUUAUAAAAUUAAGACAAGGGACGACAUGUAUAUUUUCUAAAGCCAUUUUUUAUUUUGACUAAUAACAGGUACGUAUUAGUCCCUAUGGCAAUGUCAUGAAAUGAUAUCUUGCCAGAUUCUGUCACGAUAUUUUCCCUUUUUUUAAAUUUUGUAUAGACUAACACAUUAUUUGCCACUUACUUAUUUUCAAAACUAGCGAAUUAAUAUUUACGCGAAAACAAUAUCAUGUGAAGUCAUUGUUAGUUUUGAUGUGCAUGUUGUUUUGAUUAUUGCCUGAAAAUGAGCGAAUGACUGGUUUCAGCUUUGUAAUCGAAAAUCAGGGAAUAGACAAUUACUAUGCUGCAUGUUGUACAUAGAGAUGCUUUAAGGAAGAUUUUAUCAGGCGUAUGGAUGAGGCUCGGAGAUAAUCGCUGAUGGCUCACGUACUGGACGCCAGAAGACGAUUACGUCAUGUGUCGUCUUAAAAAUUGAAACAGGAUUGGUGUGUUAUUGUUCAGUGUUCCAUUUUAUCAAUACCACAUUGACAAAAUGUUCCACGCCAACGCCAUAGUAAAAUGGCGAAAGCGAAUAAAUUCAAUACAGUUGUGUAGGCUGCCUGGUGUGUUGGAUUUUCAGUAAUAGCAUGAAUCGUCAGUUUGCAUGGUGAAAAGACUGAUGGUAGACACAAUUUCGCCCGUCACUUUAAACUAUGGCGAGGACCUAUGAAAAAUUGUGUUCAAGUCCUUGAUCUUUUCUUUAUAAAUAGGAUGUGUACCAGGAGGAAUAAAUAACAUAUGUUUAAAUAAUACUUUUGUUGUUAAAUUUUUAGUAAACAUCACUUUGUUCUUGCAGCAAAGAAUGUAAAUGUUUGAAAUUCAGUUUUUAUUUUUAUGCUUGUAUUUCUGAUAUUGUAAUCUAUGCUUUUAUCAUAAGCCUGGAAUAAACCAUUGUAUUUCAAGAGCAAUAAAGUUUCAAAGUAAUAUGAA